AUGGAGUGUAUAUUUUAUCAAGUGGCAUUAAUUUUAUUGACGACGCUCCUAAGCGAAUGCGACACAAGGCCACACACCUCAAGAAAAUUGUUAUCUAAUGGACAACCUCCUUCAUUUGAGGCAAGUAUCAUGAUGUUUACUAGUCUUAAACACUGAAUAUUGAAAGAGGUCAGUAAUCUGGUACUUAUUGAGCGUAAGUUAGAUGGCAAUGGGUCAUACGCCCUUGACACUCGCCGUAUCAUCAUUCUCUUAUUUUACUGAACCGAUCUUAGGACUUUGACAGCAGUUCACAAAUUCGACAAAUGGCCGAACGUACGUUAAAAAAACGCCCGCAGACAGUGAAGAGAAUUUUAAGAUCGUGGAUCAGAAGAAAACCAGUUCCACGGCAGCCUAAGGCGGCAGCAAAAGAUGCUCAUCUGGCUAAUCGCACCGCCUACUUGGCACAGAUCAACAGUUCGCAGGUUCGAAAUCGUCGCUAUGCGCUAUCAAGUUCCUCGUGGGGUCACAGAAAUCUUAUCUGGUAUGCCAACGUACAACCCAUGGCUGCAGCGGUUUUUACGGCGGCAUUUAGGGUUUGGGCAGAAGUUAGUAGAUUCACGUUCAAGCGGCAGUCUCACUUUGACAGUAACGUAGACAUACAACUCAAGUUUCUCAAAAGUAAGUGACUUUGAAAUCUACCUCAAUAGCAUGAUUAGAUGCAAGCUGAAUUGUGCCACCUACCUACCGCUGCUGGCAUUUUUCAAUGACACUAAUUUAGAAACAGCAAUUAGUAGCGUCUCAGUGAUGUGUAUUCAUUUAUUUAUAUAUAUAUAUAUAUAUUUAUUAUUAUUAUUAUUUGCUUGUUUUGCGUGCGUAGUUUAUCUGAUGAAAGACAGAGGAGUAAAUUUUUUUCGUCCGUACCACUUUGUAUAUAUCUUGUACCCUUUUAUCAUCUUUUACAUUCCUAGCGAAUGAAUAUCAACACCAAGAGUUAAUUAUUCCGCCAUUUCACAAUAUAUUAAAAACUGACUGUGACUUUUUUAAGGAAAUCUUUGCGUGCAAACAAGACUGGAGAAAACAUAGAGAAAAACUGAGGGGGGUGGAAGAUGCUUUAUGGAUGUUGGGUAGGGUUUUUUAAGGAAAAUAAGGGAUCUUCAAAAAUCUGUUUUAUUUUCAACUCCAGUUAAGUAACAGAGAAAGAGAAUUGAUCGAAACACGUCAUUUGCGCUGAAUUUUUAGGGAUGUUUUAUCAAUUCUUGUCUUGGAAAAGUCCUCUCCGCCUUUUAUCUUCUUUGGGUUAUUUUUCGCAACUUAUCGUGUUACAAUUUCCGCCUGAAUUUCCGCUGUCGCCGGCUUUGACGGAGAGCCAGAGCUACUCUAGAAUGCUAGGAAUGUCAUUAUGUGAUCACAAUUUUAAAUUGAAGUACUCUAUUAAAACCCUGACUUCCCGUUGGGUGUCGGUAGUCGAUAGAAUAUACAAAAUGGCGGCUUUUUCUUCUCGUGGUGAAAAAGGAAGAGUGCUCCUUGUGCAUACUUUUACUUUCACUCAAAACUAUGUAUAACCAGACACGGUUUUGCCAGACUCGCACCGUAUGCUGACUGCCCAAGUAUAAACUGAACGGAGUUAGAAUAUCAGCAGUCGUUGUUUUGAAUACGGCUGUUUCGAAAAAGGGUACCGGAAUAAAGCAUUAAAAUGCACGCUUCAACCUCGAAAGGUAUUGUGGGUAGUUUUCAGGUCACGUUGACUUCAGGAUCUAAGGAAAUCUGAGAAAAACGUUACUGUAAGGACGAGGCAUUGCGGGUUGGAGGAAUUUAUUUUUUCAUUUGACUUAUUAAAACAUUGAUUACUGGAUACCUAGAUUACUUUUCGAAACUGUCGCGUGCAAUUAUGUCCUUUUUUCUAACAAACUUUCUCGAAACAGCUGUAAGCAUACAGUCUACGAGACAUGUUACUCUUUGCACGCUUUGCUUAACGUACUUGAUAGAUCAUUCACUUAUUUGUCGUUAUUUCGUCUAAGUUAUUUUUUACUGCGCAUAAAGCAAGCAUUUUGGCCUAUGUUACGGAUUCCCUCGCUUGUCUUCCUUUGCAUGGCUUCCUUUCCUCUGGGAACUGUAGCUGUGGUCAAUCAUGGAAGUCACGUAAUGUGCCGAUCAAUGCGAAGUUUUAACAUUCCCCCGCGCCACCCACGGGCAGAUGGCCGUCAUCCGUAGGGGUAGGGAAUUUGAACCUUGCCUGGCUGGGGUGGGGAAUUUAGACAAGAGGUGUUCAAUGUCAGCGAAAUAAGAAUAUGAAGGUGCGUAAGGUUAAAAGUUCACUUUCGCGAGCGAGUGGCUCAGAAGAAAAGGUCUGCAAGACCCAAGUCUUAAGGCUUGCACAAUGUGUAGAAAGUCGCGGUCGUUGAUUUUGCCAUUCACAAAAAAAAUUGGUUAGGGCAUUUGACACAAUUUCUGAGGGGGGGAUGUUGGAACUUCGAAUAAGAGCUAUAUUCCGUAGAGAGUGGUGUUCCGCUAAUGCCUUGUAUCAUUUGUUAACCGAAUUUCUUUUAAAAAUCUGGUCUUAGAUGGUCACAAUGAUCCGUAUCCAUUCGACGGUCCUGGCAACAGUUAUGCGCAUGCUUUCUAUCCUCCUCAUGGUGAGGUCCACUUUGACGCUGACGAGAAAUGGGAUAUCCCUUAUACCCACUGCGCAGCAUUCUUUAACAAAACCAUCUCACCCGUCCAACCUGGCUGUAAAAGUUUAUUUCGUGCCGCAGUUCAUGAGAUAGGACAUAGUCUGGGUUUGAAGCAUUCUUCUGUUUCGACUUCCAUUAUGUAUCCAACCAUAAGCCUGGACACAACAGACGUGUGUCUCGAUGAUGACGAUAUCGCGGGUAUUCAGCAUCUUGCAGGUAUUACUUUAUACGUUCAUUACUUACCAUAAAAUACAUCGGUGGAAUGUUAUUCUUUUGUUGCACCUUGUUGGUCUAAUUUGUUAAACUCUGUACUCUAUUUGUCUUCCCUAAUAUAAAAUACAAUGUGUGCUAUUUCAUCGGUUUUAUGGGUUUUAAACUGCUAUCGGUUUCUUACACGUCGCCAAACAACGCCUAGAAUAGAUUGUUUUGAAACUUAGGUCAAUUUUAUUUUUCUAUGCAUUUUUGAGAUUGGCGGCCAUUAUCUUCGUCAUGUACGAGAGGCAUUAUUAUGCGAAGAAUAGAUUCAUGAGAUAGAAUACGUUUAAUCUACUAUUAGUCUCGUACUCAGUCCUUCCACAGUUAAACGGUAGAAAGUACAUUUCAGUUACGCGGUAGGAUCUAGGUGUGGGAUUAACACACCAUUUUAACCACGAAUCAAGGCUACACAGGUUGUGAUAUCAUCUUUACGUAUACAACAUAUCUAUUUUCGUUUGCUGCUUUAUGGUGCGAAUUGAUUGUAGCAUACGAGUCACGCAUGCCAUGUUCUACAACUGUGUUUCGAGCAUACAAUGUACAUAGCGCGUAUAUAUGACAGUAGUUAAAGAAAUGAUGGUGAUGAUAAAAAUGGCGGCAACUAUAAAAAUGAUAAUGAUGUCGAAAAUUACAGUGCAGGAAGUAUGAAUACCAAUGUCUUUAAUUCUGUUCUGUCAUGUCAUAAUUGGUCUAAGUUAAGCGUUACAUUCUCUCUCUAAGGUAAAUGUGUCCCCAGAGUGAAAAGUAUUUUUAGCUGGCGUAAACAUCAGAAUGGUGUUUGGGCGACUUACGUCAUGAAAGGAACAAAUUACUGGAAACUUGACGCAGAAACUACCGUUUCUAUGCCAACCUAUCCGCUGGGUAUAGUCAAUGGAUGGGUUUCUUUCCCAAUGGACCCCGAUGAAGUUUUUGAUUAUAGCACUGGGGACGUCACGUACAUUUUCAAAGGUUCAAAGUAUUGGAAAUACGACAAUUAUGGAGACGUGAUGUACAGAGGCUAUCCCCUAAGUAUAGCCGGUUAUUGGCCAGGGAUACCAGACAAUAUCGAUGCUGCCUUUUCUACUCUUAAUCAUUAUACCUACUUUUUUAAAGGUAACAAAGUUUAUAAAUUUAAUCAAAGAUUAGAUACUACAAGCACAGGGUACCCGAAAAGUACUUCAGAAGAAUGGUCCGGUGUUCCUAACGAUCUAGAUAGUGCUUUCGUCGAUAGGAAAACGAAUACGAUCUACUUUUUUCAUCAAGAUUAUUAUUACACGUGGAACACAACCACACAAAGUACAAACCCAGGGGGCCUAAUCGGUCAUACUAGAUUUUUUGAAAUAUGCGAUAUAUAGAUAUAGUUUAACCCUGUUCCUCAGGGCUAGCAAUUAAUUUUCUCAUGGCAAAAGAUGUUAAAGAGUCCCUAAUCCCUGUGUAUAGUUGUAGAUUACCUUUCAAGCGUUUGACAAUAAGCAGCUAAAUAUUGAGUUUAGUAUGCCUUGCUUUGGUACUGAAAGUUGUUACAAAUUUAAAAUGUCCAUAGUCUGUGUUAAAGGAGUCGAAACAACCGCAACGGCAAUAGUGGAUACGAAUAUCAUGGUUGAGAAAAAGGUUUCAUAGGCAAUUCAAAACUGGUAACUCUAGCAAAGAUUUAUGAUCAUUAAAGUUUUAAUUUAAACAUAAUUCUAAUUUCCCUCGACCUUAUCCAAACGAAGUGGUCGUUUUGGUUGUUUAGACUUCUCUUAAUUUCAAGUGAUAUAUAAUAUUGUGACGACGCAACAAUAUCGUUGCGCAUCGACGCUGUUUCUAACAAGUGUUUUCUAAUACGCUGCAAGAAACAUAGAGACGCUUACGACAGUCAGUUUAACGACAAGAGGCUAAUAUUUCCAAACACAGAACGCCUCGCUAAGGAAUCGACCCUACUUGGCAAAAACUACAUUGUCAAAAUACCCGACGAACGCCUAUCUUGCGUAAGAAUUUUUUUAAAUGACGAUGGGCAUUUUCAAGAACGUACGGAAAAGCCCUGAUAUGUGUCAAUGAUUAUAAGGACUGUUUCAUCAACUCAGGUAUGUUAGUGUACAUAUCAAAUGACGAGCACAUUUCCCCAUGACAUGUGUGAUAUAGUGCACUUCAUUUCAAAUCAUCUUGAGCUCGUCUCAAGCUUAGCUCGUGAUGAGAGUGAUCAAGAUAAUUUUGUUGCUGUUUAGAAACUGG